AUGCCUGAUUUUAGUAAAUACGUAAAUACUUCUAAGACUUCUAAUACACCUCCUAUACCAACAUAUACUCAAAAUAUCCCACCAAAAUUGCCUGUUAAAAUAGAUCCUAUAAGGAAUGAUCAAUUUAACCCGCAAAAAAAUUAUCAACCUAUGCCACAGUCAAUGAAAGAUGGUAGGCAAACUUUUAAUGGAGAUUGUAGCCCACAAAAACCUCGUAUAUAUGUGCCACAACAACCAGUGAAAAAGGAUGAACGAAUUGCAAAUAAUGGUUAUAGCACACAAGAACCUUAUGUAUCUAUGCCGCAACCGCCACCGAAAAGGAUUCCAUAUCAGGAUAAUAGUUAUGCAUCUAUGCCACAGCCGCCAAUUAAAAGGGAUGGUUCAUCUUCAUAUCGAGAAUCUUUAGUUAGCAGUCAUUUAAAAUUUCUUAUGAAUCCAACUUUGUUGUCACAUAUAGCUUUAGAAUUUAGAUCAACAGUAAAAUUUGGAAAUCACAUUAAAGGCGCAUUAGAAUAUCCAAACAGUUUUACUGGAGCAGAUGUAGUGAAAACAAUACAAUCAACCUUACCUCCUGAAGCACCCAAGCAUGUUGCAUUACAUAUUGCACGCUCAUUGGAAGCUCAACUUUACUUUAAUCCAAUUAAUUGGUCAAGUGAUGGCCCAUUAAAAGAUUCAAAUGACGAAGUUUAUGUAUUCUUUAAUCAAGAUCUCACUUCGCUCAACAUUUCAGAAUUAGACGAAGAUUUUCCUACAGGAGUUUUUCCCACUGUUGGAAAAUGUUAUAGUCCUUGUUGUGGACUAUAUGGUAAAGGAUGUUAUUCAAUACUCUGUCCUAAUUAUGUUCCAGUGGAAGGGACACCUGCAGAUCUUCCUCUUAUCAGGAAAACUAGCCUUGAAAGUAUCGAGUCACCAAAAUUAUCAGCUCCAACAUUAGAUAAAGAACAAGAUCGUACAUGGUCUGGUGCAGUUCCAAAAGAAAUACUUGAAAGUGUUUCCAAAGAAGAAUUGAAACGUCAAGAAAUCAUUUACGAAACAAUUUAUACAGAAAAUGAUUAUAUAAAAGAUUUAUAUCUUAUAGAAGAGGUUUACAUAAAAGGGAUUCGUAAUUCCCCAGAAAUAAUGACUCAACAAACAAAGAUUGAAAAGUUUAUAGAUGAUGUAUUUUAUAAUAUUUUUGAGAUCAGAGCACAAAAUGAAAUUUUGCUGGAAAAGUUAAAGGCAAGACAAAAAGAAAACUAUGUUGUCAAUGAAAUCGGUGAUUUAUUUUUAGAAUGGGCAUUUGAUGCUGGUAAUAAAUACGUCAGAUAUAAUGGUCGAAUCCCUAUUGUUGAUAGUCUAAUAAAAACUGAAAAAGCAAGAAAUCCAAAGUUUAAACAGUUUAUGGAGGAAUGUAUGAGAAGUCCGAAAACCAGAAAAUUGGAUUUUCGUCAUUAUAUUCAAAGACCAACUGGCCGUCUACAAAGAUAUACAUUAUUUCUUGAACAAAUCAUUAAACAUACAUCUAAUAAUAGUCAAGACAAAGAUUUGCUUGAUACUGCAUUGCAAGUAAUAAAAGAAUUGUGUAGAGAAAGUGACAGUAAUGUUUCUAACACUGAAAGAAAAUUAAAACUUGAAGAAAUUGGUAGAAAAUUGAAGAAAAAGAAUGGUGAAUCCUUAUAUGAACUUAGUCUUAAUGAUGAUUCAAGACAAUUAGUAUUUAAAGGUGAAUUGCAUUCCAAAAUGGAUAACUCCCUCAAAUGGACUACACUUUAUGUAUUUGUAUUUGAUCAUUAUUUGGUCAUUACUAAACCUAAGAAAGCUUCAGAUGGUGAAAUUGAAUAUGUUUUGCACAAACCGAUUAUUCCUUUAGAUAAACUUUUAUUGGAUAAUGUUUCUGAGGUAAAUCAACAAAAAUUAAAAUUAACAGGUUUGGAAAAUUAUGGUAAGCAAUCAUAUUGUUCAUUCACCUUAUCACAUAUUGGUAAAAACGGAGGAACCUAUCAACUAUAUGCUGAAACAAUCAAUAGCUGGAGAUUAUGGAAAGAUAAAAUUAUUGAGGCGCAAAAUAAAUUGGAUUUGAUGAGAUCUAAGAAACAAGUAUUUGAGUUAUUCACAUUGAAUGAUGCCACUUUCACAAAUCUUUCUGUUGGUGCUCCUGCUAAUAUUGCUAAUUUACAAGAGGAAAAAACAAAACAUUUCUCAAGAGGAAAAGUUAAUUGUUCCAUACCAUUUUCUGCACCAGAAAACUGUAAGAUGAUCGCAGUAGGGACUGAGGAAGGUGUUUGGAUAGGAUUCGGCGGCGAGACAAAAACAUUUAGAAAGGUUUUGAAUGUUGGAAAUGUGUCACAAAUAGCAGUGAUCGAAGAAUUUGGAAUAUUUAUUGUACUAGUAGAAAAGUCGCUUUGGGCAUAUCCAUUAGAAGCAUUAAUACCAUCAUCUUUGACUGCCGAUUUUAGUCAAUGUGCAACACGACAACGUAUAAGUGAUAGUAAUAAUGUAUCUUACUUUAAGGUUGGAACUACGAAAGAAAAGAAUACAGGCGCUGAGAAAACAUUGCUAGUAUAUAUGAAGAAAAAGAAUUUAAAUUAUAAUUUUAGUGUUUUAGAACCAGCUAUCAAUUUAAAUGAGGUUGAUGGAGAAGAACCAAAACAGAAUAGUCGUGGAUCUCGUGGCGUUUUUCGUUUUCUUCACUCAGAUAAAAAUUGGUUUAAAAAAUUUUAUGUUGCUUCUGAAUCAUAUUCAAUAAGUUUUUUAAGGUCAACACUUUGUAUUGUAUGUGCACGAGGAUUCGAAGUGGUGAACUUGGAUGAAUUGACAAAUAUCCCAUCAAUACCAAAUCUUUCAUCGCCUCAAUUUUCUGAUAUCUCAAAAAAAUGUAACAAACCUUUGGGAAUGUUUAGAAUAAAAGAUAAUGAGUUUCUGAUAUGUUACGAUGAAAUAUUUUUCUUUGUUGAUAAGCAUGGUAAUUUAUCAAGAUUAAAUAUCAUGGAAUGGGAGGGUAAACCUGAGGCAGUUGCAUUACAAUUUCCGUAUAUUCUGGGAUUUAAUCCAUUGUUUAUUGAGGUGAGAAAUAUUGAAACGGGAGAGUUAGUUCAAUAUAUUUUAGGCAAAAAUAUGAGAUGUUUAAAUGAUAAUUCGUCAAGUCAUAACACAUAG